AUGACACACGAGCACCCAGUCCACCUGAUGGUAAAUGGUUGUCGUCAUCAACACUUCCGAUUUUAUGAUGAUGACGAUUAUGAUAUUUAUGAUGAUGAUGAUGAUGACGAAGAUGAUGAUACUUAUUAUGAUGACGUUGAUGUAAGUAAUUAUGGUGAUGAUGAUGACGAUGAUGGUACUGAUUAUGAUGAUUGUGACGACGAUGGUGAUAUUUAUAAUGAUGUUGCUACUGAUUAUGGUGAUGAUGAUGACGACGAUGAUGAUACUGAUUAUAAUGAUGAUGAUAAUGGUGACGAUGAUGAUGAUGAUUAUGAUAUUGAUGACGAUGAUGAUGAUGACGAGGAUGAUGGUACUGAUUAUGAUGAUGAUGACGACGAUGAUCGUACUAAUUCUGGUGAUGAUGAUGACGAUUAUGAUAUUUAUGAUGACGUUGAUGACGAAGAUGCUGAUACUGAUUUUGAUGACGUUGAUGUAAGUAAUUAUGGUAAUGAUGAUGACGAUGAUAAUACUGAUGAUGACGAUGAUUGUUCUGAUUAUGAUGAUUAUGACGACGAUGAUGAUACUGAUAAUGAUGUUGGUACUGAUUAUGGUGAUGAUGUUGACGACGAUGAUGAUACUGAUUAUAAUGAUGAUGAUAAUGGUGACGAUGAUGAUGACGAUUAUGAUAUUGAUGACGAUGAUGAUGAUGACGAGGAUGAUGGUACUGAUUAUGAUGAUGAUGACGACGAUGAUCGUACUAAUUCUGGUGAUGAUGAUGACGAUGAUGAUACUGUUGAUGACGUUGAUAGUACUGAUUAUGGUGAUGAUGACGAUGAUGAUUCUGAUGAUGACGAUGAUGGUACUGAUGAUGAUGAUGAUGACGACGAUGAUGAUUAUGACGAUGAUGAUAAUGACGAAGAUGAUACUGAUUAUGAUGAUGAUGAUGAUUACGAUUACACAUUCUAUUAA